GAGCUGGAAAGAGUAAGUUUUGGAGACUUAUUUUUCUCCAGGCGUUUUGUAGUCAUUCCAGGAUCCAAAUUAGAAUGAAACUGACCAUGCUAUCCCUGACUUCCCUUCAAGUCUCCCCAGAAAUCUGAUACUAACCCUGCCCAAUUGCUCCUCUGCCUAUCCUUACUCCAAUUGCUGCCACAGGAGCCACUUCUGACAUCAUAAUCCCUCAACUGCAGCCUCUGGCCCUGCCCAACACAAGUGUCCAUGGCUGUCUCCUAUCUGCUCAGUUUGAUCCUACUCAACCUAUGAGAUCCACCUGCCUACCCCAUCCCCCAACCCUAUGUGCUCCCUGGAUCCCCAGAACUCCUGGAAAGCAGCCUGCUGCUGCAUGACUCGUACUAACAAAGACUGAGACGAUCUUGAGAACAUGUUCAUCUACGUCAAAUAUGGAGAUGAUCAGCAUUUUCUGGCCAAUACCAACUGCUCUGUCCUGUUGUUGCUGCAUUAUGCUCGGAAGAAAUUAGGCUUGCGCAAAAAAGUCGUCAUCGAUUUUUGUGAUGAAGCAGGGACGAUGAAGUUGUUUUUCCUGAUGAAGACCCCUGGGGAAUAUGCCACCAAGUUCCUUACACCUCGAAGCACCUACUACAUAUGCAGGGUGGACCGUGGUGCACCAGGAACCCGCUUUCAGCAUGCCUAUAGAGCUUUUGUUCCUCUCAUCAAGAAUCCAGAGCCAGAGAUGCUUGAUGCUCUGCGCACACAGUGUGACAUGCUGGAGAGAAGCAGACUGAAGAUGCUUAGGGCCCAAGAAGCCAAGAAGGUUGCUACCAUUGAGUCUACUGUGAAUCUCCCAGGAAAAGGUACCAAAUCCAGCACCUUGGCCCUCGGCCAACAAAGGAUUGGUUCACCUUCAGCCUUCAGCCAAAGGUCCAAAGGACGAUCUGAUGUAGACGGGUCCAGUCGCAGAAGUCCACUCUACAAGCCUCGAGUAGGAUUUUCCAAGAAGGAGAAGCGUCGUUAACUCAAUAAAAUAAUGAAGUGAGAGCAGCAAUAAUGGGUAUGAAA